AUGGCCACUGGUUACCUGCGCGUAAAGGGCGACAAUGUCGUCGACCAGAACGGAAACGCCGUUGUCCUGCGAGGAGCUGCCAUCGGUGGGUGGAUGAAUAUGGAGAAUUUCAUCACCGGGUUCGCGGGACACGAAUCACAGCACCGCGCUGCAAUGCGCAAAGUGCUUGGCUCGGAGAAAUACGAAUUCUUUUUCGACAAAUGGCUAGAAUACUUCUUCACCGAUGCCGACGCCAAAUUCUUCGCGGAGCUGGGUCUGAAUUGCCUCCGACUACCCUUCAACUACCGCCAUUUUGAAGAUGACAUGAACCCACGUGUGCUGAAAGAGUCUGGGUUUAAGCAUCUGGAUCGGGUGGUUGACCUGUGCGCCAAGCACGGUAUCUACACCAUUCUGGAUAUGCAUGCCGUGCCUGGCGGCCAGAACCCAGACUGGCAUUCUGACAACCCGACUAGCUAUGCCGCUUUCUGGGACUACAAGGAUCACCAGGACCGCACGGUGUGGCUGUGGGAGCAGAUCGCUGCGCGGUAUAAAGGGAACCACUGGGUUGCCGGAUACAACCCGCUUAAUGAGCCCUGUGAUCCGGAGCAUGUGCGGCUGCCGGCGUUCUAUGCGCGGAUCGAGAAGGCGAUUCGCAAGGUCGAUCCGGACCAUAUUCUCUGGCUGGAUGGGAAUACGUUCGCGAUGGAGUGGAGAGGUUUCGACACCGUGCUCCCGAACUGUGUUUAUGCCAUGCAUGAUUAUUCGUCCAUGGGAUUCCCCACUGGGGACCGAUACAAGGGCACGCCAGACCAAAAACAGAAUCUCGAGAGCCAGUACUCCCGCAAAGCGCAGUUCAUGAGCGAACAUGCUACACCAGUCUGGAACGGCGAGUUUGGUCCUGUAUAUGCCGACCCAGCUCUCGAUACCGACGCCGAGACAAUCAAUCAAGAGCGCUACAACUUGCUCGGCGACCAGCUGCACAUCUAUGACAAGCACCAGAUCCACUGGUCUAUCUGGCUGUAUAAGGAUAUUGGUCUGCAAGGCAUGAUUUAUACCAACCCGCAAAGCAAAUGGAACCAAACUAUCAAGCCCUUCCUGGAGAAGAAGAAGGAUUUCUGGCUGGACAAAUGGGGCCGCCGUCCUGCUGCUGAGCCGGAGGCUGCAUUCCAGCCUCUUAUUAACUGGAUUGAUAAGGUUAGUCCAACUGCGAAAACUACUUAUCCGACCUCCUGGAACACGGAAAUGCAUGUUAUGCGGAAUGUGUUCAACUGCUUCUUGGCGGGUACGUUUGUGGAUGAGUUUGCGGCUUUGUUUCAGGGGAUGGAGAAAGAGGACCUGGAAGAACUGGCGCGCAGUUUCCAUUUUGAUCAGUGUGUGCAGCGUGAGGGAUUGAAUCAGAUCCUGAAGGAGCAUGCGAGGGUGAGGCAGUAG